GACGAGAAACACACAGGAAUAUAUUUUCACCGAACUCAAAUGUGUGAAGUCGGUUCAAGGAAAGGUUUUAAUAAUUUCCAAAUUUAAAAAAAACAAACAAACUACUGAAUCUGUGAUGUGAAGCUGCCAAAUGGAUACAAGGAAGAAAGGUGGUGCCAUAGAAUUAAGGCUCAUGGUGGUUGGUAGCAGUGGACCUUCUCAGUUCCUACUAACCAAUUCCAUACUUGGGAGACAGGUGUUUUCUAAGGAUGUCACCAGCCUUUCUGGCAGCAUAAAGAACAACGGUGAGCUGGCUGGUAGACGAGUGGCAGUGAUCAAUGGACCAAACAUCUAUGAUAAGGAUAUAUCUAAACCUAAGAGGAAGAUGGAGCUAAGGAGGUCCAAGUGCUUAUGUAUACCUGGUCCCCAUGCAUUUCUUGUUGCCUUUGACAUGGAGAAAAUCUCCCCCAAUGAUGUGAGAACCUCCAGACUGAUGAGGGAACGCUUUGGAAGACACUGUCUGAGACACGCCAUGGUCCUCCUGGCCUAUGAAGGAAAUCAGAAUAGAGCUGCCUUGGAAGAUAGGGUGAAGAAGACAGAUUGGCAUCUGCGAGAACUCAUCGAGAAGUACGGUGGACGCUUUCACCUUUUCAACAAGAACUGGAGAGAUCGAAGUCAGGACAGAGAGCUGUUGAAGAAGAUAGAGCUGAUGGUUGCCUCGUUAGGAGGAGGCUACUUCUCCAGCAGAACUUUCCAGAAGGCAGAGGACUGUGUAAAGAAGGAGGAGAAUAAGCUUAGGAAGCAGCGAGCAGCAGAGAUAGAGAAGGCAUGGGCUGAGAUGGAAAGCAAUACAUGGAAGAGGAGCUGUACUUCCAGAAGGAUGCCUAUACGGCUAAUAUUGGCGCAGAGAUUAGAGCUCAAGCGGAGAUCGACAACAGCUGGCUCAGGACGUCCCUAG